UCUCAAUGCUUUGCAGUCGCUUCCUCUCCUUGCUCCCUUCUCUUCAUCCAUACUGACCUGUGACACAUGGAUAGGUAAAAGCAGAUAACCUAAGCCUAGGUUUCCCGACUUCUGCAUUGUUAAUUAGGCAGGGAGAGAAGGAAGCCUUAUUAUACGAUUGAGAUGCGCACAGGGUGCUGGCAGAAUAGUAGUACGGCGCAGCACGCGCCCAAUACAAAUGUAUUGAGCAACAUGUUCUAAUGGUUUUUAAGAGAUAUAAUUUUGUGUUUUAUUUUCAGUAACAAAUAAUUAUUUAUGCGCGUCGACAGUGUAAAUAGAGCAAUGCACGCGUCUGCUGGGACGGGAGUUUUUAUCUUGUCCUUGACAUCAAUACCCAUUUCAUUUUUCUUCAACUCUCUGAUCUACACUAACAGCAUUGAGACAGCCUUUUUCGCUGGAUCUACAACUGUUCUUAUCUUGGCUAUAUCUGCACGCUUUCUAUUCAAGAAGAAGGCACCCAAAGACCCUCUAUUCUAUGUGUUUGCAGUGUAUGCAUUCCUGAGUGUGGUAAACCUGAUCAUUGGUCUGGAGCAGGACAGUAUCAUCGAUGGUUUCAUCACCUUUUAUUUAAAAAAUGCAGACCCCUACAUUAACACGGCCCAUGGACACAUGAUCUCCUAUUGGGAUGGAUGUGUCCACUAUCUCAUGUACCUGCACAUGGUUGCAGCUAUAACCUGGGGGGCAAGCUACAGAGCCAUCGGCCUGUACUGGGUGGGGUCCAUUCUCAUGCGCGUCAUCGUCUACAUUCCUGGAAAUGUUGUGGGGAAGUAUGGUACCCAGCUGAGCCCCCUGUUCCUGGUCCACAUGCUCUACGUCGUGGUGUCGGUGUGGGCCUGCUUCCGCGUCUUCAGCCUGUCCACCACCAGACAGGCUCGGACAAUGAGUAUCAAUGAGGCCCAGAGGACUACGCUAGUGGAGAGGCCCCUAGACUUUCUGUUUGUCAUCUACCUCGUCCCUGCAUUAUUCUUCUGUGUCUUCAGAGGCCUGGUGGCCCUGGACUGCCCGACAGAGUGGUGUCAGGAGUACACACAGCUAUAUGAGCCUUACCUGAAGGACCCCUCGUCUUAUCCUAAAAUACAGAUGAUAGUGAACAUGCUUUACUCCGGUCCGUACUACAUCAUUGCACUCUACGGGCUGCUCGUGCCUGGGUGUGAGUGGAUGCCUGACCUCACUCUGGUCCACUCUGGGGCAAUAGCACAGGCCCAGUUCUCCCACAUCGGUGCAUCUCUCCACACGCGGACGCCGUUCUCCUACAGAGUACCAGCUGACAGCCAGCUGGUCUUUCUAUUAGUCAACGCCCUGUAUGCCAUCGUACCCCAAGCCCUCUGCUACCGCUGUGUCACUAGCCCUGCCUUCUUCCUCAGAGACCAACACAAUGACAAGAGGACUGACUGAAGGAACUGACUGACCAACUGACUGGCUAGCUGGAUGACCGACUCAGGCCUUGACUACGCAGAAACCAGUCCAAAAGUAUCUCUCUGCCUAGCAUAACCACAGAAACCAGUCCAAAAGUAUCUCUCUGCCUAGCAUAACCACAGAAACCACUCCAAAAGUAUAUCUCUGCCUAGCAUAACCACAGAAACCAGUCCAAAUGUAUCUCUCUGCCUAGCAUAACCACAGAAACCAGUCCAAAGGUAUCUCUCUGCCUAGCAUAACCACAGAAACCAGUCCAAAAGUAUCUCUCUGCCUAGCAUAACCACAGAAACCAGUCCAAAAGUAUCUCUCUGCCUAGCAUAACCACAGAAACCAGUCCAAAAGUAUCUCUCUGCCUAGCAUAACCACAGAAACCAGUCCAAAGGUAUCUCUCUGCCUAGCAUAACCACAGAAACCAGUCCAAAAGUAUCUCUCUGCCUAGCAUAACCACAGAAACCAGUCCAAAAGUAUCUCUCUGCCUAGCAUAACCACAGAAACCAGUCCAAAAGUAUCUCUCUGCCUAGCAUAACCACAGAAACCAGUCCAAAAGUAUCUCUCUGCCUAGCAUAACCACAGAAACCAGUCCAAAAGUAUCUCUCUGCCUAGUAUAACCGCAGAAACCAGUCCAAAAGUAUCUCUCUGCCUGGCAUAACCACAGAAACCAGUCCAAAAGUAUCUCUGCCUAGCAUAACCGCAGAAACCAGUCCAAAAGGUAUCUCUCUGCCUAGCAUAACCGCAGAAACCAGUCCAAAAGUAUCUCUCAGCCUAGCAUAACCGCAGAAACAAGUCCAAAAGUAUCUCUUUGCCUAGCAUAACCUGGUGGCCAGUCUGUUUCAUAUUCUGCACUGGCCAACUCUAACUGUAGUAUAUUCAAUACUCACAACUGUAGUCUUUAGUGUACACUACUGUAGUCUCACUGCUGUACUCUACUGACAGCAACACAACAGAGACUUAAAAACAGCAUCCAAGCAUAUCUUGCUCAGUGGUACAUUCCUUUACAUAGAAAGAAAACUGGAUACCUUUACUGAUUUAGGAUCAGUUUAGCCUUUUAGAUUGCAAUGAAUAACAAUAAAUGGACGGGGGGACCUGACCCUAGAUCAGCAGCACUCCUACUCUGGGAUAUGUUAUGAAUACAGCACUGUUCUAAAUGUGUUUUCAGCUAAAUUACUUGUAUUCUCUGGUUCUGUCAAGCAUUACAACAUUUACUUUUAAAUAAAACAAAAGGUUUGUUGUCAUAAAAUGCUAUAUGGUGAAUCAAAAUCGAUUGUGUUAUGUUUAAAGGUGUUUGGAGAGGAUUUAAGGACUAGUUUUGUGGACGCAAUAUUUGAAUAUUUGUGUCUAAUUUACGUGUUAAAAACCUGAAAUAAGUCUUGAUUUGUAAAAUCAGAUGUGUGUUUUCUGGCUCUGUUGGUGCUCUUGCAUGUGAGAUGUCUGUGUUUUCCAAAUAAUACGUGUUUGCAAACACUGGGUGCAUUCCAAUGAGUUUAUUCUGUAAAAGUCUUGUCCAUAAACAGCAACAGUUUACUUUAAACUACAAACCUUUAAAAUGUAAAACAUGUUCUAAUUCCGAGCAUUAACAAAGAUUGAAAGGUUUAAAUAUUUUUUUUUUUAAAUGUAUGAGUUUACAUUUCACACAGUAUUAUAAUCAACUAUCAUCAAAAAAAUAAAUAGAAUAUAUUUUUCAUAAAGACAUAGGAAGGAGAGCAGGCUACUGGCAUACCAUUGAUGGGAGUGUGUAACAGUAAGUUUGGAAGCUGAACCAAGGCAGAAAACACCAUUUUCCAGCAUGCCAGGCGCCAACUUUACACCAAACACUAAAGCUGCAUUCAUGACAAGUCGGAAACUCUGAAAAUAUGACUCGAAAACUCGGAGAAACGAGUUGUGUGCAUUCACAUGCCUUGAACUCAUUGAGAACGCUGAUUUCGUUAUCGAGGUAAUUUCCUUAGUAGGUGAUGUCACUUGUAAAUAGUUGGAGGGCAGUUCAAAUGUUGUUUUUUUAAACUUGGAAGCUUGUAUUUCUGAGUUUCCAACAUGUCAUAAAUGCCUCAGGAUGAAAACCUAUAUAUCGUCUGAGAAAGGUGCUUGCAAACAUGGUUGUGUUAUGUCUUUUUUUCUCAUUCACCGCACUGUGGAAGAAAUGUGAAUGGAAAAACAGCAGGUAUACUGAACAAAUAUAUAAACGCAACAUGCAACAAUUUCAAAGAUUUUACUGAGUUACAGUUCAUAUAAGGAAAUCAGUCAAUUUAAAUGAAUUCAUUAGGCCCUAAUCUAUUGAUUUCACAUGAGUGGGCAGGGGCGCAGCCAUGGGUGGGCCUGGGAGGGCAUAGGCCCACCCACUUGGGAGCCAGGCCCAGCCAAUCAGAAUGAGUUUUUCCCCACAAAAGCGUUUUUUUUACAGACAGAAAUACGCCUCAGUUUCAUCAGCUGUCCGGGUGGGUGGUCUCACACGAUCCCG